AUGACACGGUCUGGGACCUGGGAAGACAUCGCUAAGGUUGUAUUUGGAGUCCCUUCGAUUCGCAUUGAUGUCCGAUGGAACGGUCGCUUAUCAUCACAGGCGUAUCAACAACGGAGGGAUAUUUCGAUUCCGGAGAAAUGGAGACUGCCCGCAGAUGUGCUCUCGAAUCUACCUACUGAUGUGACCGGUAUUCCACGCGAAUUCCUGAGUGACCGCGAAAUCGAACUCACAGAGUGUACCGCCUCACAACUGGCCAAGCGUAUCGCGAAGCGCGAAACCACGUCUGUAGAAGUCACGGUUGCAUUCUGCCACCGUGCAGCAAUCGCCCAGCAGCUGGUCAAUUGUCUGACGGAGAUUUUCUUCGAAGACGCUGUCCAUCAAGCCACGGAACUUGACCGAGUCCUGGAGGAGACCGGUAAACCGAUCGGUCCGCUGCACGGAGUCCCCUUCUCGAUUAAAGAUCACUAUAACAUCAAAGGACUUCGGACGACAGCGGGAUACAUUUCUUAUUCGAAGUUUCCACCCAAGGAGAAAGAUGCACUGGUUGUUGAGAUCUUGCGAAAGGCGGGGGCAGUGUUCUACGUCAAGACCAAUAACCCACAGUGCAUGAUGGUUCUAGAGACAGUGAGCAACAUCUAUGGGCGUACCUUGAACCCGAAGAACACAAAGCUCGGGGCGGGAGGCUCCAGCGGCGGCGAAGGCGCACUGCUCGCCCUGCGCGGUUCUCCCGUGGGACUGGGUUCAGACAUUGCCGCGUUCAAUGGAUUGUACGGUUUUAAACCGUCUGGGAAGAGAGUUCCAACAAGUGGAUGGGAAUGCACAAUGAUCGGAAAUGAUCCCAUCCCAGCAGUGGCUGGACCGCUUGGACACAGUGUGGAAGAUCUCGACCUGUUCUUCAAGGUCAUCUCCGACGCAGAGCCAUGGUUUCAUGAACCACUCUUAGAAUUGCCAUGGAAAACUGAUGCUCAGCUCGGAUUCGAUCCCAGUUGUCUGAAGAUCGGGGUAAUGGUAUGGGACGAGGUAGUAAUGCCGCAUCCAUAUAUCACGCGAGUGAUAAAUGAGGUUGCAGACAAGCUCAAAGCAGCCGGCCAUGACGUGGUUGAAUUCAAACCGUAUGACCAUGGUCGAGCAUGGUCGGAUAUUCUCCUUCCGCUGUACUUUACGGAUGGCGGGCUAGAUAUCAAGAACACCUUAGCUGCCAGUGGCGAGCCUAUGUUCUCAUCAGCGAAGCGUCUCCUCGAUGAUCCAAUCAAUAAAAUGAGAGAUAUUCAUGAUAUCUGGCGGGUUAGUACCAUCCAAUCUCAGUCCUCAGGCCACAAGGCUUAUGUUUUCAGCUCCACACUGCCCGUGAUGUCUAUCGGACUGAAUACCUGGCUCAUUGGAAUGCCACGGCCAGCUUGA